CUCGCAAUGCAAUUAGCAAUUGUAGAAAUAUUUAUUUCAUUUUAAUUGAUGUACAGGAAAUUCUCUGAUUGAUGACAGAAUUGAAGAUUGUGAUCGGUUUCUCUGUUUCUCACAAAUAAAUUUGUAUAAAAUCGCAACACACUUCGUCCAAAAUUCAACAGUUUCUUGUGAAUGUUAAUGAAUAGAGACGUUUAUUAAUUUAAAUAGUUUUUCAUUAUGAAUAGAUUAAUUUUGGUGUUUCUGAUCGCUACUUUUGCAGUUACUCUGAAUGCAGCACCUGGUGAAAUGAUUAAAAGAUCGCCUCAUAUGCCUUCCAUGCCGGAACGUCCAAAUUUUCCUCAACCUGGGGAAAUGCCGCCACCUCCACCAGGACUUCCUCCUCCUCCGGAGGGAAUGCCUAGACCACCAAUGCCAGGAUUAAGCAGAUUUGUGAGAUCUCCUCGAAUGCCAGAGAUACCUCAGCCGAGCGAUAUUCCGAUACCAGUUAAAAGAUUUGUGAGAUCUCUAGAAGAGGCGCCCAUUUCCAAUCUUAAUGGAAUGGUUGAACCAUUGCCAGAAGCUACUCGAAAUGUAAGAUCAACAUUCUUACCAAUCCCAUUGCCAGAGUUUCCAGACAUUCCUUUUCCAAUGCCAUUUAGAUUCGUUCGCAGUAUUGAAUCACCAAGCACUCCAACUAGAGACGUUCGUGACACCCCUAAGAAUAAACACCAAGAAAAAAUAACUAUCAAGCAACAAGCAAUUUACACAAGCUUUACAUCUAUCGAAAAUGAAGCACAUGAACCAGCAGAAGAAUAAAACUAAAAAUAUUGCACCGAACACAACAAUUAUCCGCAGUUAAAAUGACACAUUUGGCUGAUUUCUUAACAAAAUAAUAUUUUAACCACUUAGAAAAUAAAAAGCGAACCACAAAAAU